UUCGACGUUGGUUUUGAGGAAGACGACGAUAUUGAUCCGUUUGAUACGAGUAUUGCCAAUAACAUUGCAACCGGGACCUUCGGAAUUGAAGCCCUCGAAUCGGAAUUGAUUUAAGCAUCGUAAAGAUAAACAGAUAAGCACAAUGGCGGCCAAUCCUUUCCUGUUUACUGAGGAUGAGUAUGUCUCGCCGAACGCGGGCAACUCGAAUCCGUUCCUCAUGAGCGAUGAUUGCUUCCCAGACGCGGCAAGUAAUCAAUUCGGUAUGAACGAUAAUCCCUUCUUGUCGCAAAGUGCAGCCACGAUGGCGCCGGAGCAGGUGCAAGGAGGGGGAGCAACUAAUCCGUUUGCUUUCGAUCCAAUGGAUCUGGAACCCAGUGAGGCACAACCCGCGCAAACUGGGAUGUUCGAACAACCGCAUGCAUUCGCUGCCAACACAGGGAAUAUAUUUACGGAAGCAAGUCAAAUGCAAGCGGACUUUUUAAUCGAUACCACUGCAUCUAUUCCGCAGAAACCCACAGAUUUAGAUUUAAAAUAUACAAAUUCUGUGGCAACCGAUGCGGAGGCCAAUGGUUUGCAACCAAAGCGACCACCACCACCUAGACCACCACCAUCAAAAGAAACACAGGACUUGUUUAUGUCUGUUAUGGGUGAGAUGGAUGCUGCUAGUAGUCAUUUGCUUGACAGGAUACCACCCACAAGGACACCAAGUCCCGUUUCCAUGAGAGAUUUGCAUUCACCUAGUCCUACACCAGAACCACAAUUUGGGGAUCUUUUGGAUGUGAGUGAUGCCAAAACGGAGACAAUUGGAGGGCAUCAACCCACUUCCAUUGUGCAAGAUGACUUGUUGAUGAUGGGUGAUGAUUUUACCGAGAGUGCAACUGCAGCACCAGAUAUGUUGAGUCAACAACCUGCGAUGCCACAACCAUCCCAACCAACGCAGUAUACUAUGCCUGAAGUGGUUUCACCACCACAGCAGACUUUUAUUCCACCACCGGUUAGACCUGCCAUUCCACCACAGCCUGUUUUGCCUCCUCAACCGGUAAUACCACCACAACCAGUAGUUCCAUCGCAACCUGUUGUGCCACCAACUAGGCCAGCACCACCCAGUCGCCCAGUUCCGCCAAGACCUGCACCACCACAAAAACCACCUCCGCCCGUAAUUGCUCAAACAUUCCCAAGUCCCCCGCCGCAGCCGCCAGCAGCCGCUCCACCCCAAACCUCCAGCGCCUCAUGUUACCGCGCCUCCACCAAAACCACCACCUCCGGUUCACCAAAAUCAGCUGCUGAUAUAAUGAAUCUAUACAAACCAGAACCAGCUGCUAUUGACUUACUCUCUGAUACUCUAGAUGCUCCUCAACCUGAUCCAGAAUCAAGUGAGAGUAAUUCGCGAAAGAGUUCUAUUCCAUCUGAUACAACCUUGCUGAUAUUGCUGACGUACAAGUUUCCACCACAACAACCUGCAGACUUCCUAUCGCCACAACAAGAUAUGCAGAUGGACACCAGUGACAGUCAGAGCAAAGAAUCUGUAUCAAGCGCAACUUUUAAUCCAUUCGCAGCAGUUGAAGAGACAAGUCCAACAAACCCCAGUGUAAUUCCUACACAGGACUUCUCCAAUCAAGAGUUUGCUCCAAUGGAAACCAAUCAGAACUAUCAAACGCCGACAAUUUUAGAUAAUAGUUCCUAUCAGGCCCCAAUGGAGGUAGCCUAUUCUUCAUCCACGAAUAUAUUCGCAUCAAACAUGGAUAACCAGUUCAACUACAGGGGCCAUUUUCGCAGAAUUCAAAUGCAUUCGGAAAUCAGCAGGAUGACGCUUUUGAUGCUUUCACUGCAAAAUUUGAAUCAGCAAAAGAUGAAAAUCGAAAUGGAGGUGCUUUUGAUGCGUUUGGAGGUAGUGGCGGUGGUGGUAUUGACACUUGGGGUGCAGAUGAACCAGGGGAUGGAUUUGGUUCGUCUGGUUUUGGUAAUGAGGAAGCUUUUGAUUCGUUCCUUGCAAUGCAAGAACCCCCUUCAGUACCACAAAGCACUCCGUAUAAAAAUGAGCAAAGCUGGAUCGUUGGAUUCGGAUGAAGAGAAAGACUUUACGGUGGUUAUCCGCCCUAAAGGAGAUGAUAGUUUUGGUGGAGCUUGCCCAAUCUUAGCACCUCCACCACCAGUGACUAACCAGGCCUAUGCGGAUCCAUCAAGCAUAAAUCCAUUUGAUCAAAGUGAAACAGUCGCUCCGACUCAACCAGACUUUACUCUACCAAUGGGUGAAAUGAAAAGGUCAGAAUCAGGUGAAACUCCACCAACUCCUCUUUUCGAUGAGGAUACCUCCUGUACACUCUUGGAACCCCUUCCCUACGAUUGAAUUUCGCACGCUGGGGAAGGUUGGGAGAUGCAACUACGUCAACCAAACAAAAAGAAAAUCACAGGUCAAAGAUUCUGGAAGAAAAUCUGGGUCAAACUUGCGUAUCAACCUGAUUGCGUGUUACUGCAACUGUUCAAUCAACAAAAUGAUAAAGACCCAUUCCAAGAACUACCGCUGCAAAUCCAGCAAUACGUAACUGAACGAAUAUACAUUUCUUAUUAG